CGAGCAGACAGGAAACGCUAUAACACACAUCUGAUGACCAAGUCUCUGUCCGGAGCCUGUGUCUCGGCAGCUCCUCGUUCGAAACACCGCCCUGACAGAAAAGGACAAUACUUGGCUAAAUAUAUAUUUGGUGUCUCAGACCUCGGCAGUCCUGUCAUGCUCGCUGUCAUCCUCCUGCCCAGCGCCUGCGCUAGUCCGCGGCAGCUGACGUCACACCCAGCAUGGCGGUCAAGGUGCAAGCAACAAAAAGAGCCGACCCCCAUGACUUGAAGACUAUUUUUCUGAAGUAUGCCAGAGUGGUGGAGGAUGGAGAGCAUUACAUGACCCCUAGCGACUUUGUACAGAGUUACCUGGGUCUGCAUGCACAGCCUCAGCAUAAUCCCAAAACUGUGGAGCUGAUAGCUGGAGUGGCUGACACGACUAAAGAUGGACUGAUCUCUUUCCAGGAGUUUCAGGCCUUUGAGUCAGUCCUAUGUGCCCCGGACGCCCUGUUCAUAGUAGCCUUUCAGUUGUUUGACAAGACUGGCACAGGGAACAUCUCAUUUGAGAAUGUACGUGACAUCUUCAGCCAGACCACAGUUCAUCACCACAUUCCCUUCAACUGGGACUGUGAGUUCAUCAGGCUACACUUCGGCCAUGAAAGAAACAAGAACCUCAGCUACACAGAGUUCACCCAGUUUCUGCAGGAGCUGCAGUUGGAGCAUGCCCGCCAGGCAUUUGCACAAAAAGACAAGAAGAAAAUUGGCACCAUCACUGCCUUGGACUUCAGCGACAUCAUGGCCACCAUUCGACAUCACAUGCUGACUCCAUUUGUAGAGGAGAACCUGGUUUCAGCUGCAGGAGGCAGCACCUCCCACAUGGUGAGCUUCUCCUACUUCAAUGCCUUCAACUCCCUCCUCAACAACAUGGAGCUGGUCCGCAAGAUUUACAGCACCCUCGCCGGCACUCACAAAGACACACUUGUGACCAAAGAGGAGUUUGUUCAUGUUGCAAAUAAGUUUGGUCAAAUCACUCCGAUGGAGAUUGACAUCCUGUACCAGCUCGUUGGUCUCCACUCUCACUCCGGGCGGCUGAACCAUGCAGACAUCGAGAGGAUAGCCCCGUUGGAGGAAGGAGCCAUGCCAUACCACCUAGCAGAGGUCCAGAGACAGCAUGCUCACGAAACGUCUCGGCCCAUCUGGCUCCAGGCUGCAGAGUCUGGCUACAGGUUUUCUCUGGGCUCAAUCGCUGGAGCGACCGGUGCCACGGCUGUGUACCCCAUCGACCUGGUGAAGACGCGCAUGCAGAACCAACGCUCCACAGGCUCCUUUGUAGGAGAACUGAUGUACAAGAACAGCUUCGACUGUGCGAAGAAAGUGCUCCGUUAUGAGGGCUUCUUCGGAUUCUACAGAGGUCUGCUCCCGCAGCUCAUCGGCGUUGCCCCGGAGAAAGCUAUCAAACUCACGAUGAAUGAUUUUAUCAGAGACAAGUUCACCACACAAGAUAAUACCAUCCCUCUGCCUGCAGAGAUUCUCGCUGGUGGAUGUGCUGGAGCUUCCCAGGUGAUUUUCACCAAUCCUCUGGAGAUUGUUAAGAUCCGUCUGCAGGUGGCUGGAGAGAUCACCACAGGCCCCAGGGUCAAAGCCCUGAGUGUUGUGAGAGACCUGGGUUUCUUUGGCCUCUACAAGGGAGCCAAAGCAUGCUUCCUGCGUGACAUCCCCUUCUCCGCCAUCUACUUUCCUGUUUAUGCCCACACCAAGGAGAAAUUGGCAGACGAGGACGGAAGGCUUGGGGCACUACAGCUGCUCACUGCUGGAGCUAUUGCAGGUGUACCAGCGGCUUCGCUGGUGACCCCUGCUGAUGUCAUCAAGACCAGGCUCCAGGUAGCGGCCAGAGCAGGCCAGACGACAUACAACGGAGUCAUUGACUGCUUCAGGAAGAUCCUCAUGGAGGAAGGUUUCAGGGCGUUUUGGAAGGGUGCAGGAGCUCGCGUCUUCAGAUCUUCACCACAGUUUGGUGUAACCCUGGUGACAUAUGAACUGUUACAGAGAUGGUUCUACUUGGACUUCGGAGGACAUCGCCCUGCCGGCUCUGAGCCUACUCCGAAACCCCUGAUGGACCUUCCCUCUGUGACGGCAGACCACGUAGGCGGCUACCAUCUGGCUGCUGCAACCUUUGCUGGCGUGGAGAGAAAGUUUGGUCUGCACCUGCCCAAGUUCAAGCCUUCUGGAGAGGGGACAAUCAAACCAGCGGUGCCCAAAACGGAGCCACAGGCUUCAUAAAGCGUCACUCAUCGUGCCUGCGAGGGCUGCAUGCUCCUCCGGUCAUUAGGUUUCCUCCAAAAUGGUUUUAUUGAGCCACGUUUCAAUUAAAUACAUUUGAGCGGUUGUCUUACUUUGAAUGCUGCAUGAGUAUGGCUUUAUUGCAUUUUCUUUGCAUAGCUUGCACAACUUUAUUGUACAUAUUGUACUUCUCCACAGAGGGACAUUAUGGCAUGACGAAGGAUUGUAACUGCGUUUUCUGGUGUGCAAUAGCUUUGGUGUGCAUGUGUCCGUUAAACUUAAGAGACACAAGGAUGUACAGAUGUUUUCAAAAGUGUUUAUUUUGAAAUCAUGACCAGGGACUCGGUAAAUAAUUUAAAUGUAUUUAUUGUAUUUUAUUGAAAUAAAUCAUUCAGACUGUUUGUUUCUACUGUGUGAAAAGUACAUUCUCAGUUUUGACACCAAGCUUUGAGAUUCUUCAGGAAACAAACAAUCUCUGUUCAGAUCCUGUCAACAUACAUUACUGAGCAGUUACAGCAUACAUGAUCAUCUUCUUAGGCAUUGAGGAUAUUCCAACUAUCUCUAGUCUAACCAGCUGCACUGAUUAAGUGAAAACGUGCAGUAUUACAAUACAGAAAGUAGAAACAUUAGUAUUUUACAAACAAGUGAAUAUUUAGGUUAUUAAGUCUCAAA